GGGUGUGGCAAAGACAGUCCUCUUAUAGGCUUGUGACUGACAUAUCCCCUUCAGAGAUUUAGCACUGACUGAGUCCCAAGGAUCUGGAGGAAGAAACGCCUGAGACACCAUUCUCAACCAUCUCCUCAUCUGUCUCCUUGACCUCUUUGGACUUAUAGCUAUGGCUACAUUUGCCUCAGCAACAAUUUUUUUGGUGAAGAACGUGGAUUCUGAUGGCAACCUGAUACCUGUGUCCUCCCUGAACAACUGUGGCAAGUUGAAACCUCUCUCACUGGUUCUCAAACAGUCACCUUUCUUUAUGAAAACCAAAUACAUGCCUACUAAGUUGACCCUCGAUGAUGUGUUUACCAAAAAUACACCCUUAAAUCCAGCUGUCAAGGAGUCUGAAUUUGUGGAGUACAGUGCGACAUCUAGUGACAGCCGAGAUGCCAGCAUAGACGUGGAGACAAAAUUGGCGGCAGAUGCAGUUAUUGUAAACUUUAGUGUGGAGGCAAAACACGCCUCCACACACAAGUCGUCCUUUGGCAAACUGAAGAAAGAAGAGGUUGACCUGAAGUGGUUACAAAACAACUCAAAACAUAAGCUUCUGGACAUGUCCCACUAUCUGAUCCAGAAGGCCCGCAAUAGUAGGUCUGUGUUUGGGGUGGUGAUGGAGAGGAUUGUGACGAGUGAGCCGUGCUCGAUAAGAGAAAAAAAGCAUCAGACUGGAAAUUGUGGUGCUGAAGGGAAGGUCACUGGAGUCCCGGUGUCUGGAAAGGGGAAAGGCAAAGUACAAGAAGUCAAAGAUGUGUUCCUGGAGAUUCCUAAAAACACUGUCAUUGCCUAUAGCAUUGAUGAGAUCAUGGUCCAACUCGAUGGACACUUUGAGGUACGCUCCUUUGGAAAGGGUGGGUUUGAAAGAGCCUGGAAACUUGUAGGUGCAUACAAUAUGCCCAAGGUCGUGUCGCUCCCAAAGGAAUGCAUCCUUCAUCAAGUCUGUUGUGUGUUGACAGAACUGGCGAAACUGAGGGGUCAUUUCCAGGUGCUGUCAUCCCUGCCAACAGCUAAACGUUCCUCUCUGCUCCAGCUCCUCAAGACAACCAUGGAGGACAGAGAGGCAUUCAGUGUACUGGAGAGUGUGCUGGAUCAGAUGUUGGUUGAUGAGACGCCUGACAUGGAUGAUCUUAUGGAGGAGACUGAGAAGCAGACAGUCCAGACCAUACUGGACCUUUUACAUGAGUCUGAUGGAACAAAUGAGGGCCAGACAUACGACGAGUCACCCUCACUGCUCUGUUCCAUCAACCUCAUUGUCAGCGCCAUGAAUGAAAUGCCAGAUGGGUGUCGCUCUGAGUUGGGAUCCUGUUGCAGUCCUCCAGUCUUACAGGCCCUGCAGAUUCUGGUGCAGCAUGUGCCGCAGCAGGGAGUGGGGAGACCCUCUCUCUGAGAGAUGCAGGUCUGGCUGUUCUGACUGAGGAGGAGCUGUAUCAGAGGACAGAGAGUCUCUUUGGUCUCUUUAAAGUUACACUGAAGAGAGAGGAGGACACACUGAGGACAGAGAUGAAGGACCAGCCUGGAUACCUUCCUCUAGUCAUGAGUAUCACUGUGAAAGGCCUGGCCUCUUUAGUGUAAGGAGAGAGAGACCAUGCAUUCAUGAUUUUACUCCUGCGCUAGGUGAGCUGAAGAACUAGUGAACAACAGUGUAUGUAUCCUUGUAAUGUUUUCAGUAAAGUUCAACAAACGAUA